AUUGCAAAGACCAUCUUAUAUAUCAUUCAUUCCUUGCUAUCUCCCAAGCCCUCAACCGCAAAAAUGAUGGCGGAUCCGUUCGAGGUUCGCAUGCGAUUCACCGCGCAGCUGCAACACUUGAAUGCCUCCAUUACUUCCUCACAGAAAGCGGCGCAUUAUGCGCUCAAGUACCGCGACAUGGACGAGGACCUUCAUUCAUGUAUCUUAGAGCAGCUGGAAAGAAAUAAUAUGAACAACAGAGCGAACAUCAUGUACUUCAUCGAACAAUUCUGCGAAAUGGCCACCAAAGAAAACCACACUCCCUACGUGCGCAUGAUACAGAGAGACAUCUUGCGCGUCGUGGACUCCGUCGUACCGGCAGACGGAUCAGGCGCCGCAAACGUCAAGCACGUUCGUCGGGUUCUCAACGGCCUCCAGACAAAAGAGAUUCUAUCCGCUGAAACGAUUGCGGAAAUCGAUGCAGCUCUGAAGGAGCGCGAGUCUCACCAGGCGCAUCUGGAUCUAGAAGCAGAGGAAGCACCCGAAGGCAGUGUGGUACCGAAGAGUGGCACGCCGCGGGGGUCUCGGCGGGUGGAUAAGAGGCAGAUCGAGCAGCGGAUUGAAGAGGACCGUGAGCGGAACAAGAGACUACGGGAGAGUAUGUGGACUGUUAGUGGGGAUGAUGGCGAUGAACAUGGGAAGUUUUGGGAUGAAGCUAGUGAUAUUGGGGAGGAUGACUUUAUCAAUGCGAGCGAGGAGUUUGUGGAGCGCCAGAAGAUGGUCACUGCGGUUUGAGUGCACAGGCGCGGCUUAAGGAUGUUGGUUUGUGUGCUCUCUGUGGUAUGAGAGUGUUUGAUUUUCUCUAGCAUCGCGACUUGGAGUUGUUGGGUUUGGUUUUGGAAAGCAUCGAGGUUGGAUUGGCGUUUAUGUGGGAUUUUUGUCAUG